AUGGGGGAUUCUUGUGAAAAUUCAAAUAGAGUUAAGCUUCGUGAUGGGAGAUUCUUAGCUUACAAAGAAAGAGGAGUUCCAAAGGAGGAAGCUAAAUACAAAAUCAUUCUUGUUCAUGGUUUUGGUAGCUCUAAAGAUAUGAACUUCUCUGCCUCAAAAGAGCUUAUACAGGAACUAGGAGUGUAUCUUCUAUUCUACAGCCGUUCUGGAUAUGGAGACUCGGAUGCAAACACAAAACGUUCCCUAAAAAGUGAAGUUGAUGACAUAACAGAACUUGCAGACCAGUUGGAGAUAGGACCUAAGUUUUACCUCAUUGGAAUUUCCAUGGGGUCUUACCCAACUUGGGGUUGCUUAAAACACAUACCUCACAGGCUAUCUGGUGUAGCUUUUGUUGCUCCAGUUGUGAACUAUCGGUGGCCGUCACUUCCUAAGAAGCUUAUAAAGAAAGACUACAGGAGAGGUAUUAUCAGAUGGUGUUUAAGGAUAUCAAGAUUUGCACCUGGUCUGUUACAUUGGUGGGUUGUACAAAAGGUUAUACCAUCAAAUAGUUCGGUUCUUGAGAGCAAUCCUGUCUACUUCAACAGCCAUGACAUGGAGGUGCUCAAGCGUACCUCCGGCUUUCCCAUGCUUACUAAGGAUAAGCUACGGGAAAGAAACGUUUUCAAUACUCUAAGAGACGACCUCGUGGCUUGUUUCGGGCAAUGGGAUUUCGAACCAGCAGAUCUAAGCAUCACUGAAGAGAGCUCUGUUCACAUCUGGCAUGGAAAGGAAGACAAAGUUGUCCCGUGUCAGCUUCAAAGAUGCAUUCUCCAGAAGCAACCUCUGAUCAACUACCACGAGAUCCCUCAAGGUGGACAUCUCAUCGUCCAUUACGAUGGCACUUGCGAUGCGAUUCUACGCGGGUUAUUGCUCGGUGAAGAACAAACGCUGUACAAACCAGUUCUUCAAUUCGACGUUUGA